CUCCCUUUCCAUCUGCGAUGUUUUGGUAUCCGAGAUAUACCAGCGGCAAAGAUGCCUUUCUGACGUUAUGAUUCUCACUGACAGGAUACAUUCUAUUACCUCGUUGACUGACACCAUCUCCUCGAUUGUGUGUUGUGUCGGUAAGGGGAGGGGGACGCUACCGGUCGCUGGCUGUCUGGAAAGAAGCUCCCGAGCCAAUAUAGCAAGAGAUAAUCAUCAGCGUCAAACAUGCCGAUGUUGUCGCUUGAUCAAGCGCAUCUCGACUUUGAAAUUCUCAUUGAUAGCCUUGAGGUCGUCGCAUACUGAACAGAACCUAUCUGCUCGGUAGUCAUUCUCAACGAUAGAGCCAAUCAAGCGGAAUCAUGCCCAGAGAACGAAGGAAGCGAUCACCGUCGCAUAACUUGAACCUUCAAGAUGUUUCACUCGUUGCAGGGACAACGCCAACCGGCGAGGAUUUGUCUCGAAUCGCAGGAGAUCCAAACCCACCUCGAUCAACGAGACGAUCCACUGUACCGGCCUUCGAUCAUCCUGAGCCCAAACAUCCGAGACGAGCUCGACCCAAGAUUCAAACAACGUCAUCAUCAUCAUCAUCAGCAGGCCCCUUGGUUGUCCCAUAUCCAAUAGGACCAUUAUCGAAUCGAAGCAAAAGGUUCGACCAGAAACAUCACCUAGGGGUCUCUCCUAGCGCUCCUAGUGUACCCACCCCUCUCAGUUCCACUCCCAGUCAUGUGUUCCAUCCCUCUCCGUCUACAGCCAUCGCCAGAUCAAAUUCAUCUCGUCAUAUGGUUCAUGCGCUUUCGGCUCCACUGCCAACUCCCAUCAGUGCAACGUCGAAUACUCCGCCCAUCAUACCUUCUCUUCCCGUUCCCCUGGUAACACCUCUACCAAAACCUCUACCGGACCUCAUCCAAAAGCACGACUCCUCAACUCGAGGCAAAGGUAGAAGUUCAGCUCGGAACGUGUCUAGCGUCUCUACCUCUCGGCGCUCGAGAAAAGACUACGAAACGUAUAGCGGAGGCACACCACCCAGUGGUUAUCGAGAUAUGGCUCAUCAACCACGUCUUCAGCUAUCCAAUUCUGGCCUCAAUGAUGCAGCAUCACCAGCUCGAAUCGAUAUGGCAGCUGCUUCAGCUAUCACCACAGCUCAGAUCGCUGAUCAGAGGAGUAAUCGAUUCCAUAGAGCACAUCGCUUCGAGAGAUUACCUUUGACUCCAAGAUCAAGGUCCCCCAUUACGUUUACCUUCUCAGGUGAACCCUCGGAAUACUUUGCCCUCUGGCGAGGGCGCCGUGUUCGACUACCGGGUCCCCUUCCAUGGCCAUGCGAUAGUCUCGAGCUGGAGCGAGUCGAAGCUCAACAUUGGCUCACGCGGCUUCUGCUGGGGUAUCCAUUUCUCGGGCCAGUCACUGAGGUCCUGAGGGAGAAGCCCGAUGGUAGAGUAUUAGACGUGGCGACGGGCGUAGGGGUCUGGGCGAUGGACGUGGCGGAGAUGUUCCCUUGGGUCAAGGUCGUCGGGUGUGACAAUGUGCCGAUACAGGAGCGGGAGACCUGUGAGAAUGUCGAAUGGGACAUUGUAGAUCUCGAAGAUCUCCCAUACGAGCCUGAAUCAUUCGACGUGAUACAUAUCCGAUUCUCUCAUCUCAGAAUUGCGUCGUUCCCUCUCUUACUCAAGAAUGCCUGGCGAUUGCUCCGAAGGGGAGGUAUCCUGCUCGUCUUCGAUACGUCCUCACCGCCCAUCUUGUCCAAUGGCAAGACGCCGACUGGCGCUCAAGCUUGGACAGAUGCAUUUCAUCGAUCGCUUCAGAAUGCAGGCAUGGCGCCUUUCAAGGUGAUGAUGAGCUCACGACAUCCGCUGGUGUCUGUUGUUUUAUUCCAAAGAGUCACUUGACUGAUUUUUCGUCUGUUGACUCGCAGGUCGACGAUGUGGUACAUAUCUUCAGCAACGAAGAUAUUGUAGGCAAUGACAUGCGUGUUCCUAUAGGACACGGUGAGGGACGCAUGGGCCAACUCGGCAAGAUUCACGUCAUCAACACGACUGCGUUCCUUGAAGCUGCUCGAUUG